AUGCGCGCCCGAAGCCUUAAAGUCUUUGACAUUCACAACUGCAUCAUCCGUGGAUUUUACGACGAAUAUGAGGACCCUGCAAAUUACACGGACAGCAUAGUGGACCUGAAGAUGACAAACUGUGUGAUCGAAGAAACUCAAAAUGACCACAUUGACCGGACCCUUCAUAGAUAUCCCAGCGAGAGCUUCGCGUGCGGACAGAAAUCGGUCGUCGUUGUGGACAUCAGGAAUCUUACGUCGACGUUCCCUCGGCUUCCUAGUGGACCCAAAAUGGAUCAACAUCAGAACGCGACACAAACCAAGUACAGUUGUACCUAUAAUCACUUAAUCCAUUACGAAGAAACUUUUCAAUAUGGUCAGGAAAACGACUCUACCGUAAACUAUUAUCCGGUGCUUAAUGUCGUAACGUUUUCGUCCAACAACCUGACUUCGGUCCCAGAAAAGGGCAGAAACUGGCCUGCCUAUUUUCCAGCGUUAAAGGUGUUAGAUCUGUCUAACAAUAGCAUCGCUGAAUUUGAUUUUGUCAUUCCAAAUGAAAACCAUACCUUAUACGUUGAUCUGCGGAAGAAUUCUAUCGUCGACGUUUUGAUGAAUAUGACGUCAUAUCUGAGAGACGACGGUGCCGUUGUUAUUGAUCUUAGGGAAAAUCCAAUUCGCUGCGGUUGCAAUAUUUUAGAUUUGAAAGAGUAUCUCAUGCAAAUAAGUGAAAGAUUUCCAGAGUGGAAACAGGGAACGGAGGUUUAUUGUAAAACAAAAGACCAGAAAACGCGUCGGAUAGUUGACAUCACCAUGGAGACGUGUCAUGACGUCAUGUGA